AACACUACUUUCCUAACUAUUACAUCAUUAGCCCAUUUUUCAGCCAUGAAAAUGUUGAAAAUCCUUUUGGUUAUUUUUUCUAUACUUGGUUUUUUUUCAUGGCCUAGUAUGCAAAGCGAUUCUGAGAUAUACAUAGUUCAAGUUGAAUCGCCAGAAAGCCGAAUUAGCAUUCAAUCAUCAAGAACAAAUUUGGAAAGUUGGUAUAAUUCUUUCUUGCCAAAAACCAUAGCAACUACUCGCUCACAUGAAAAUCAGCCGCGAUUGAUAUAUUCGUAUCACAAUGUGAUGAAAGGUUUUGCAGCAAGAUUAUCUGUAGAACAAGUGAAAGAAAUGGAGAAGAAACCUGGAUUUAUAUCUGCACGGCCGCAGAGGAUAUUGUUUUUACACACAACACAUAGUCCAAGUUUUCUUGGAUUGCAACAGAACAUGGGGUUGUGGAAGGAUUCUAAUUAUGGGAAAGGUGUGAUUGUUGGAGUUUUGGACACUGGGAUUUAUCCUGAUCAUCCUUCGUUUAGCGAUAAAGGAAUGCCUCCUCCGCCUGCUAAAUGGAAGGGCAAAUGUGAAUCAAAUUUCACUACAAAAUGUAACAACAAGCUCAUUGGCGCGAGGACUUUUGCACAAGCUAGUGAAUCGCCGCUUGAUGAUAAUGGACAUGGUACACAUACGGCUAGUACUAUUGCUGGACGUUUUGUGGAUGGUGCUAAUGUGAAUGGUAAUGCUAAUGGCACUGCAGUUGGGAUUGCCCCUUUUGCUCACCUUGCCAUUUAUAAGGUUUGCGAUUCUUUUGGUUGCUCUGAUAGUGACAUUCUAGCUGCAAUGGAUGCAGCUAUCGAUGAUGGAGUUGAUAUCCUGUCGCUUUCCCUUGGGGGAAGUAGUAAAGCAUUUUAUAAUGAUCCAAUUGCGCUUGGUGCGUAUAGUGCAACACAAAGAGGUAUUCUUGUAAGCUGUUCAGCUGCUAAUAAUGGUCCAUAUGAUAGCACAUUAUCAAAUGAAGCUCCCUGGAUUAUGACAGUAGGCGCGAGCACUAUUGACAGAAAACUUAAAGCCACUGUUAAGCUUGGAAACAGAAAAGAAUUCGAGGGCGAAUCAGCUUUUCAUCCAAAGGGUCACAGUUCAACAUUUUCCCCUUUGUUUGAUCCUGCAUUGAAUGCAACUGAUUUCGACAGCCCUUAUUGCGGAACAGGUACGUUGAAUGACCCUGAUAUUAAAGGCAAAAUAGUUUUGUGCAUGGCGGGUGGUGGUUAUAGCAGGACUGAAAAAGGACAAGCUGUAAAGGAUGCGGGUGGUGUUGGCAUGAUUAUCUUUAGUUCGCCUGAUGAUGGUUUCACCAAAUUCGCCGAUGAUCAUGUCCUUCCGGCUUUGUAUAUUACUUACAAAGAUGGAAUAGAAAUUCUUGACUAUAUGAACACAACAUCAAAACCUAUUGCAAGACUUGCAUUUCAAGGAACAAUAAUCGGAGAUAAAGAUGCACCAGUAGUUGCUGCAUUUUCUUCUCGCGGACCAAGCUUAGCUAGUCCUGGAAUCUUGAAACCUGAUAUUAUUGGCCCUGGUGUUAACAUUCUCGCGGCUUGGCCUCCCUCUCCUGAUAACAAACCAACCAUAAAACCUAACUUCUUUCUCGCGUCUGGUACCUCUAUGUCUUGUCCUCACCUCAGUGGAGUAGCAGCAUUGCUGAAAAGCGCGCAUCCCACUUGGUCCCCUGCAGUUAUUAAAUCAGCAAUCAUGACGACAGCUAAUACAGUAAACCUCGCCAACGAUCCCAUCUUAGAUGAAAGGCUACUUCCAGCUAACAUCUUCGCCGUUGGUGCAGGACAUGUCAAUCCAUCAAGAGCUAACGAUCCGGGGCUAGUUUACGAUACACAAUUUAAGGACUACUUACCUUACUUAUGUGGUUUGAAUUACACAAAUCGACAGGUGGGAAAUCUUCUACAACGUAAGGUGGAUUGUAAACAAGUGAAAAGUAUUCUUGAAGCGCAACUAAAUUAUCCUUCAUUCUCCAUUACACUCGGGGCAAUUUCUCAGACAUAUACGAGAACAGUAACUAACGUUGGGGACGCUAAAUCAUCUUACAAUGUGGAAAUAGGUUCACCACCGGGCGUUUCUGUGAUUGUUAAGCCCUCUACUCUAAAAUUCUCGAAGUUGAACCAGAAGUUGAGAUAUCAAGUAACCUUUUCAAUAAGAGCUAAUAGCUCAAACAGUGGUGUUGUUCAAGGAUUCUUGAAAUGGACUUGUAAUAAGCACUCUGUAAGAAGUCCAAUUGCAGUUGUGCUAGACACUACAAUUGGUUUCUAGUUUAAUUUCUAUUUUUAGUUAUUGGAACAAUGUAUAACAAGUCUAUAUAGCUUGUUUGGAUGGUUGUUACGCA